GUAAGUAAGUUGGGGCACUAUUGCCAAACUUUGAAUGCAAUUAAUAACCUUACGCGAGAACAUGAUGGAAUGCGAUGAUGAACAAAGUCCUAUAGACAUAAUACUGGGCCAAGAACAGAACCGAUGGAUGGAGUCCAUUGUGUGUGUAAAAAAUCUUGUGAUCGGCAACAAUCGACAAAAAUCUCUUGUAAUCCAGCAAGGCAUAGUUCCCAGGUUGCUGCAAUGGAUGAUUGAUGAAUCUAUACCACUGGAGCUAAGGACGGAGGCAGCAGUGGUGUUGGGGAGCCUGGCUAAAGGAACAGAAGAGAAUAUCCAACAGCUGGUCAAUGCUGGUGCUGUGCCUACUCUUCUCAAAGGUUUGUUUAACAAUAGUCUGCCAUAUGUGGAAGCUUGUUUACGCUGCCUUCGUACCAUCUUUCUUAGUAGUCAUCCACCUGUGUCUGUUGUCUAUCAGGAUGCCACUAUCAUUCCCCAUUUUAUAAACAUCAUCUCAAGAUCAAUAUGUACAAAGGAAUGUAUUGCCAAUGUUCUGGCCAACUGCUGUACGUGCACAGAGCAUCAGAAUAUUUUGUGUGCCAAUGGCGCAAUACAGGCUCUGGCAUCAUUACUCACAUGCAACAUCUACAAGAUUCAAAUGCCAGCACUUAAGAGUUUCGCAGUACUUAGUUUCAACAAUGAAGAUACAUGCAAAGCCAUUGCUUCAGCCACAUUUAAUGGGGAGCAGAUUUCAUCAUUGUUUGGCCAGCUGCUUGCUCAUGACAAGACUUCAGAGAUGCAGAUGGCUGCUGCCAAGUGUCUUACUUAUCUUUAUCGUGGUGGUGCCAUCCCACCCACAGAUAGACUCGUUUCCCACAAAGCUUUGCCAACUCUUGUAAGAAUGUGCAAGAAGGAUCGGACACUUGAGGAAAAUGUUGAAGGAGCAGAAACUUUAUCUUAUCUAAUUGAGAUGGACCCUGAGCUUCAAAAAAUUGCUUCUAUAUCUGAUCACAUCAUUAAAGCUCUAGCAGAGUAUCUGAAGUACACUGAUAUUCAGCAGCUGGACAGCAGUCAGACUCAGAAAAAGGAUGUUGACUGGAGCAAUGCCCUUAAGCAAGCAGCUUUUCAGGCCUUUGCUUCUUUAGGAGCCAAUGAUGAGGACAUCAGAAAACGGGUCAUUGAGACAGAACACCUGAUUGAACACAUCAUCACAGGCAUGAACAGUGAUAAUCCAAAAGUACAGAUUGCUGCCACUAGAUGUCUCCAUAGUCUUUCACGCUCAGUUCAGCAGCUGCGAACUACUUUUCAAGACCAUGCUGUGUGGAGACCACUGUUGAAGUUGAUGCAGUCAGACUCUGAUCAAGUGCUGACCAUUGCUUCUUCCACACUUUGCAAUCUUCUUUUGGAGUUUUCACCAAGCAAAGAGGCAAUUCUAGAAUGUGGAGCUAUCAAAAUAUUAGUGGAUCUCACAGCCAAACCUGAUCCUGCACUCAGACUAAAUGGUGUCUGGGGACUGAUGAAUUUGACGUUUCAAGCUGAACUGAAGACCAAAGCUGAAAUUAUCGAGACCCUAGGAUCAGAACAAUUGUUUGACCUUCUUUCUGAUUCUGAUUCAAACAUCUUAGUCCGCACCCUUGGGCUUCUUCGAAACAUCUUGACUAAAAAAUCUCACAUUGACAGCAUUAUGUACGAUCAUGGUAAUGAAGUGAUGCAGGCUGUUGUCUAUGUUUUGGAGGGAGAACACACACCAGAGAUAAAAGAACAGAUUCUGUGCAUCCUGGCCAACAUAGCUGAUGGCAACACAUCCAAAGACUUUAUAAUGAAAAAUGAUGAUGUUCUUAAGAAGAUUAUCUCAUAUAUGGUGCAUGCAAAUGUCAACCUUCAGAUUGCUGCAGUACUUAUUGUAUCAAAUCUACUGACAGGAGAGGAUGAUGGGGCCUAUAUGCGACAAGCAAGGCUGCGUGAACUGGGCAUGCAGCGACUUUUACAACAGCUGCUGACUGCUGAAAAUCCAUCAUUGUUUCAGAGGGUAAAAAAUGCAUUGCAGAUGUUUUCAUAGUAAACAUAAAUCUCUACUGUGGCAGUCAGUGCUUUGCAUCCAGGAAUUGGCUGACAAGUUUUCACGCAGAACUACAUCAAGACAGAUGUUUGCAGGCUUACAACCAGCAUUGUUGCAGAUGAGAUGGCAAGAUCAUCAUGUCCUCACCAGGGUGUAGUGAUGCCACAUAAAAGAUUUUGUUUCUGAUGAUGCUUGUCAGAAGGGAAUACUAGCACAUAAGCUAGAAGUAAGAUUUUCAUGAACACUUGCCUCAGUAGAUCAUUUCGUAAGACAACUAAAUAUUCCUGAUGAAAAUGUGAGAAGUUUAUGCAAGAUGACUAUUUUGAAUAUUUAUUGAACUAAAUAUUGUGAUAGUAAAA